CUUUGCCUGAUCCCUUGUUUGAUCAUGGCAUCAGACCCGGAGGGCCAGCUCCCUUCCCCGUUUGACGCGGUUCCAUCUGCAUCCAGCACCAACCUCCUUCGCCAGUCAGACUACACUGACCAGACUCGCCUGCGCAGCUCUGGCUGGUCCGCACCCGGGACACGCAACUCUCAGUUCUCUCUAGCCUCGCAGGAUUACCGCGCGGCAGCGGACCGAGGCGCGUUCAAAGGCACGGUAUCCGACAAGUUCUCGCUCAACGCUGAUCCGGCAUUAUGGGGACUAAAUGCACGCCCCGGCGACCCAGAGCCGGAUGACUAUCUGCACAAUCCCGACCCGAAGAGAGACCGUACCACAGACAGUGGAGGUCCCAUCUUUACCGCGAGAGGCAUUAGCAACUUGGGGUGCCUCUUCCUUCUUGCAGCGUUACUUAUGGGCCUUUUCGCUGGCUAUCCCCUCGCUCUAUACUUCACGAAGCACGCACAGUCGAACAAUGGUGGCUUUAAUCUGGGUGGAGUCAACGCGAGUGGGCAGAUCCCAACAAUGGCCGGCGGCUUUGGUUUGAUUGACCCGGACACGCCAUCGUCUGCGCACACAUUCAAGUCGUAUGCGAGUGGGGACGAGUGGCAGCUCGUCUUCAGCGACGAAUUCGAGCAGGAUGGGCGGACGUUUUGGCCAGGCGAUGAUCCGUACUGGGAGGCGGUUGACUUGCAUGCUUGGUCGACAAAUGAUCUUGAGUGGUACUCUCCACAGGCGGUCACGACUAAGAAUGGCGCCAUGGAGAUUACGGUAUCAAAGCAGAAUAUCAACAACCUUAACUAUCUGAGUGGUUCAGUAUCAACUUGGAACAAGUUCUGCUUUACGGGCGGGCUUAUCCUGGCGUCAGUCACUUUGCCGGGGUCGAGCACUGUCAGUGGUAUGUGGCCCGCUGUGUGGACGAUGGGCAACCUAGGACGCGUUGGAUACGGCGCAACCCUUGACGGCAUGUGGCCUUACGUCUAUGACUCUUGCGACGUUGGCACCGUGGCCAACCAGACGCACAAUGGCGGGCCAAAAGCUGCAUUGACGGGCGGAGACAAAUACAACGGCGGCUCGUUGUCGUUUCUUCCUGGCCAACGGCUGUCCCGCUGCACUUGCCCAGGAGAGAGCCACCCGGGCCCAAUGCACAGCGAUGGGUCAUUUGUAGGGAGGUCCGCGCCAGAGAUUGAUAUCUUUGAGGCUCAGGUCAGCGGCGGGCCGAAUUCGGCUGGUUUGUCGCAAUCGGCACAAUGGGCGCCAUUUAACCAUGGCUAUACCUUCAACACGCACAACAAUUAUGAGUUUGGUGAUCCUGACCUCACGCAGUUGAACUCAUAUGCCGGAGGGGUUUACCAGCAAGCGACGUCCGCUGUCACUAAAGCCGAUCCGGAUUGCUUCGACCAGAAUACCGGAUGUUUUGCUACCCACGGGUUUGAGUACAAACCAGGAUACCAGAACCAAAGCGGGUACAUCAGCUGGGUCGCGAAUAACAAGCUCGCAUGGACGUUUUACGCAGAUGGUAUGGCCGCCGAUCCCACUGUCGAGGUCAACGACAGGCCGAUCACAGGCGAGCCCCUGUACAUUAUCGCCAACGUUGCCCUCUCGAAUCAGUUCGUCCCUCUCGACACCGCGCAUCUCAAGUUCCCGACAAAAAUGCGGAUCGACUGGGUACGCGUGUAUCAACCCAAGGACGCGAUCAACGUUGGAUGCGACCCAAAGGAGUACCCGACUGCGGCGUAUAUCAAUCAAUACUCAGAGGCAUACAACAACCCAAACCUGACGACAUGGAAAGACGACUUUGGCCAGCCGAUUCCGAAGAACAGCUUCCUGGGGCAAUGUUAGACUCUUGCUCCUUACUAGGUUUCUUGUGAUGGGUCGCGGCAGUGGACUUUAUACCAGCGGACUUCGUUAAUCACAUACCCCCCACGAGCGGCGCGAUGUUAGUCGCGCUCUCAUUUUAAAUGUAUAUGUCAACAUAUCCGGAUUAAU